AAUGGUGAUGGUUUAGGCGCGUGGGAGAGAAACCCUAGGAAGAAAGAUAACUAGACAAGCCAUGGCAGAAAACAGAAGGCAGACAGAGUACUGCUCCUUCAUCGACUAGACGAGAGAACGAAAAUUCAUCCACACCCUCCAUUUCUCCAACAAUACAAACCCACCAUUUUUCUCCCUCUCCGCCUCCGAGUAUAUACAUACAUACAUACAUGCAUGUAUAUAUUCACGAAUUCUCUGCAUUUUUGGAAGCGUAAUCUAGAUUGUAGACUUUGAUUAUUGCCUGUGGGAUUUGGGGAUUCGGUUAUCUAAAUGAAGGGGAUGCCCUUACCCUUUGAAUUUGAGGGGAAGGGGGUGUUCGACUUGGAUUUUGUAGUCAAGAACAGAGAUUUCAUAACUGAUUUCGUCAAAAAAGGUAGUUUCCUGAGCGAGCCUACAUCUGUGCUGGAUUCUGGGAGAAUUCGGAGCAAGCCUACUUCCUCUUCAACUCUGUCUUCAUCUCUCGGCGGAGGUGGUGGUGCUGCUGCUUCUACCGACACGGCCGGCGUGGCGGCUGUUUCGGACACUAAAUGGCACCAAGACUCCACCACUGCCACCAGCUCCAAUGCAACUGACUCCGACCUCCUCCCCGUUCUGCCGUCUCUAGAGAUCCGAGGCAACCCCAUGGAGGACUGGGAGGGCGUGCUGUCGGAGUCUCCCACCCAGGAACAGGCCUUCCUCCGCUAUGUCAUGGCUGAUGUGGACGAUCCUGCAAUGGGGAAUCUCAGUAAGUUCGUCCAAUUUGGCGGUGGCGCCGCCGCAGAUUUCUAUUUCACCGGCGGCGGCUUUGGUGUGGUGGAUCAAGGGUUCGGCGGGGACCAAUUUGGGGGAACCAGCUUCAUGCCCUCGCUCCCAAUUUUCCCAAAUACCAACAGAUCCAGCGCUGAGAAGAUUGGUUUGGCUCCCAAUCCUAUCUCUUCAAACCCUAAUAUCAAAUUUCCCCCAAAUUUGAUGCAUUCAUCUUCGGUUUCAAACAAUCUCGGUGCAACAACGCUCCAUCAUCCGACUGCAGAAAUGAAACCUCCCAUUUUCAAUCAGCACCAGGCCAACUUCUUCCCGCUACCGUUCACUCAACAGCAAGAGCAUAGCCUCUUCGGGCGUCCUCAGGCCAAGCGCCACAACCCCGGAUGUCCCGCUGACGAGCCCGGCGCCCAGAUCUCGAGAGGGCCGUUUACGGACACCGGGCAGUUUCCUCAUUACCUGCAGCAGCAGAAGCCCAAAAUGGAGGAAUUAGGGCUCCAGCAGCAGCAGGCCGUAGUCGACCAGCUGUUCAAGGCUGCAGAGCUGGUCCAAACUGGAAAUCCAGCACUCGCGCAAGGGAUAUUGGCGCGGCUCAAUCACCAGCUCUCCCCCAUUGGUAAGCCUUUCAAUAGGGCUGCCUUUUAUUGCAAGGAGGCUUUGCAAAUGCUCCUCCAAACUAAUGUCAACAACUCUUCUUCCACGCCUUUUAGCCUCGUUUGCAAGAUUGGUGCUUACAAAUCUUUCUCUGAGAUCUCCCCUCUUGUCCAAUUUGCCAACUUUACCUGCAAUCAAGCCAUUCUUGAAGCUCUCCAAGGCUUUGAUAGGAUUCAUAUUGUUGAUUUCGACAUUGGCUAUGGCGGCCAGUGGGCUUCUCUUAUGCAGGAGCUUGCACUUCGUGGCGGGGGCGCCCCCUCCUUCAAAAUUACUGCCCUUGCUUCUACUUCCACCCAUGAUCAGCUCGAGCUCAGCCUCACACGAGAGAAUCUCAUCCAGUUUGCUAGCGAGAUUAACAUUGCAUUCGAGUUUGAGGCUAUUAGUAUUGAUUCCUUGAAUUCUGCUUCUUGGUCUUCGCCUUUCCACGUGCAAGAGAACGAGGCGGUUGCAGUGAAUCUCCCUGUUGGCUCUCUUGCCAUUCACCAGUUCUCUGUGCCAUUGAUCAUGCGCUUUGUCAACCAGCUCGCACCGAGGAUUGUGGUAUCUGUUGACAGAGGGUGUGAUAGGACUGAUCUUCCGUUUGCCCACCACAUUGUCCAUGCUCUCCAGUCUUACUCAAACCUGCUUGAGUCUCUUGAUGCUGCAAAUGUGAAUAUGGACGCCCUGCAGAAGAUUGAGAGGUUCUUGCUCCAACCGGCCAUUGAGAAGAUUGUGAUGAGCCGUCUUCGCUCACCUGAGAAGACGCAGCAUUGGAGGUCUCUCUUUUUGUCUUCCGGGUUCUCCCCAACAACCUUUAGCAACUUCACGGAAUCACAAGCUGAGUGUGUGAUUAAGAGGACUCCAGUUCGAGGUUUUCAGGUUGAGAAGAGGCAGUCUUCUCUCGUUCUAUGCUGGCAAAGGAAGGAACUGAUCUCAGCUACGGCUUGGAGAUGCUGAAGCAUGUGGAAUUCUUCUAGAAGGUGCUAUGAUAUUUCACAAACUCAACUACUACUUUAAAAUUUAAUGAAUAUUCAUCAUGCCUGAGUUUCUUCUCCUAAUUAUCUCGCUGACUCGGGCAGAUUGUUUCCAACUUUCGGAUGAACUAGCCGCAUGUUAGUACUGGAUGGUCUAAUAUAUUUAAUAUUAUUCAAUGUCGUAUGUUAAUGGUGGAUCUUACUUA